GCCGAGCUCCUGGUCCCCGCCUGCGGGGAGAACCCCCCCUCUUUGAGCACCCGGAGGCUGGCCAGGGGGUCCGGGUGGGUGAGGGUCAACCUGGACCUGGACCCGGACCUGGACCAGGACCUGGACCUGGACCCCUUACGGCCGGAGAGGGGGCCGAACGAGGAUGAUGAGGAGUUCGAGUUCGACGUUUCGGAUUUGCUCUUCGAGUCCAACAACGAGAUUUACGCCCCAAACCAACAUGGAGGCCGGAACGGGACCAAGGAGACGGUGGGGCUGGGGGCCGUCCUGGCUCUGCUGGGGCUGUCCGCUGUCCUCUUCCUGGCCAACUGCCUGCCCUGCACUCUGAGAGACCGGAGGGGGGCCAAGGGCCAGCGGAGGGGGGAGGGGGGGGUGGAGGCGGGGCCAACGGCUCCCGGCUGCCCUCCGGAGGCCGUCCUCCACUCCCUGACCAGACUGAGGGGUUUCUCCUUCUUCUCCCCGGCCGCUCAGCGCCCCCCCGACCCCCCUCUGGCCGGCGGCCCGCAGCCCAGGGCCGACUGCUGGUGCACCUUGAGGUUGCAGAUCCAGGCGAAGCGCUUGCCGCAGUGCUGGCAGUGGAAGGGCUUCUCCCCGGUGUGCACGCGCUGGUGCUUCUUCAGGUUGCCGGCCUCGGAGAAGCUGCGGCCGCAGGUGGGGCAGUGGAAUGGCCGCUCCCCCGUGUGGACGCGGCGGUGGGCCUCCAGGUUGGACAGGCCGCAGAAGGCCUUGCCGCACAGGCGGCACACGAAGCGCUUGGCCUUGCGCCGCUGGACGGUGGGGGGCGGGGGCCCCCCGGGGGGAGCCGGGGGCCGGCUCCGACCCGCUCCGGGGACGCUCCCGUUCCCGUUCCCGUUCCCGAGGCCGUGCUUCCCCCUCACCGCUGACCCGUCGGUGGCCAGGGAGCUGGAGGAGGCCCCGGAGGCCGGCGCCGGGUCUCCGUCCGGCGCCCAGCGGCCGAAGAGGGUCUCCAGCUCCAGCAGGGAGCAGUCUGACCGCAGGGGGCUGCCGCCGUCCACUCUCCGGCUCCUCCAGGCCGAGUCGGCGUCCGGCCCGCUCAGCUGGACCGCCAACAGGCUCCGGGAGUCCUCGGACACCAUGAAAAUCAGCGGAGGCUCUGCAGGCUGGAGAAGGGGAGACGGAUUUUAA